AUGCAGAUAGUCAGUUCUCUUAAGUUGCAGGCCUUUGUUGUAAGGCCCAAGAGAGCUGAUGAUGCUAGGGGUAAGGAAUUGCUUUCUGAUCUCCAAAUUGUGCCCAACUUUGUUGUGGAGACUAAAGCUCUGUGGGGUAGAUGGGAGGUCCCUCCUGUAGGGGUGUUAAAGCUCAAUGUUGAUGGAGCGUCCAAGGGUUCAACCUUUUUUGGUAUGGGGUCAAAUAUGCAGGCAGAGUGUUAUGCUUUGCUUGAUGGGUUGAAGAUGAUUUUAAGGCAUAGUUUGGAAGGGUAUCGGAUUCUCAUUGAAUCUGAUUCCCAAGCGUUAGUGGAUAUGGAGGAAAGGAAAGUUGGAGUUCCUUGGAAGUAUCAGAAGGUUAUGGAUCAGAUCUGGCGCACUGCAUCCUCAGAAGUCACAUCACAUGAAGAGGAGUUCCAACUGUUGAUAAAUAUUUCAUCUGAUGCCAGGAGGAAUCGACUACUCAUAAAUCUUCAGAACAGUGACUGA